CAAGCGCCGCCCAUGCAGCACCCCUGAGCUCCGGGGAAGGAGAGUUAAUGAAAAAACACUUAACCGUCUCCGCUGCGGAGAGUCAUGAGCUGUCUGGAUGUUAUGUACCAAGUCUAUGGUCCUCCGCAGCCCUACUUCGCAGCCGCCUACACCCCCUACCACCAGAAACUAGCCUAUUACUCCAAAAUGCAGGAAGCGCAGGAGUGCAAUGCCAGCCCCAGCAGCAGUGGCAGCGGCAGCUCCUCAUUUUCCAGCCAAACCCCAGCCAGUAUAAAAGAGGAAGAAAGCAGCCCAGAGAAAGAGCGCCCACCAGAGGCAGAGUACAUCAACUCCCGCUGCGUCCUCUUCACUUAUUUCCAGGGGGACAUCAGCUCCGUGGUGGAUGAACAUUUCAGCAGGGCCCUGAGCCAACCCAGCAGCUACUCUCCUAGCUGUACCAGCAGCAAAGCACCAAGGAGCUCUGGGCCCUGGCGAGACUGCUCCUUCCCGAUGAGCCAGCGCAGCUUCCCCGCCUCCUUCUGGAACAGCGCGUACCAGGCGCCAGUGCCCCCGCCGCUGGGCAGCCCUCUGGCCACCGCGCACUCGGAGCUGCCCUUCGCCGCCGCCGACCCCUACUCGCCCGCCGCGCUGCAUGGCCACCUGCACCAGGGCGCCACGGAGCCCUGGCACCACGCGCACCCGCACCACGCGCAUCCGCAUCACCCCUACGCCCUGGGCGGCGCCCUCGGCGCCCAAGCCGCCCCCUACCCGCGCCCCGCCGCUGUGCACGAAGUCUACGCGCCGCACUUCGACCCGCGCUAUGGGCCGCUGCUGAUGCCAGCCGCCUCGGGGCGCCCGGCCCGCCUCGCAACCGCCCCGGCGCCCGCGCCCGGCAGUCCUCCCUGCGAGCUCUCCGGCAAAGGCGAGCCGGCGGGCGCCGCGUGGGCCGGGCCCGGGGGACCCUUCGCGAGCCCCUCGGGGGACGUGGCCCAGGGUCUGGGCCUCAGCGUGGACUCAGCUCGUCGUUAUUCCCUCUGUGGUGCAUCCCUCCUGAGCUGAUCUGCUGACCCAGGGUUUCCCCUUCCCCUUCCCUUCUAACCAGCCUUGGAGGCUCAGCAUCUGUGCCUCUCACUCCGUGGAUGAGGACAUGGGGGAAGGCAGAGACUUCAGACUUCUCAGUGUGUUGGGAAAACCAAAGACCACAACUAGAGAAAUUCAUCUAAAAAUAAGUCCUGCUGCUGAAAGAGCAAAUCCAAAGACUGAGUUAUGUUUAAUGACUUUUGGCCGAAUCACUGGAAAUAUCUGUGGUGAGAUUGCUGAGUCAGGUGAUACGAUAUCAUAAGCUUUCUUGGAACGGGGGAAAGAAAAUGAAACUUUUUGGUGUGAAUAUUUUUUAUGCUGAUGUGAAUUAUUUUGUUAGGUAGUGUGAUUAUAGCACUACUACUGUCAGAUUUUAAAUUGUAUGUGUACUUGCAUCUAAGACUGUGGUAGAGAAGUAAAGAGAAGUCAAUUCCUUCUUCCUCACCUCUCAGCCUCCAGAUCCCUUCCUGCCCAUCCCUUCCCUACAAUGCCCACUCCAGACGCAAAGAUACACUUUUUUCCUUUGGACUGUGAACAUGGAAGCCUCAGCCUGAAUGUGAGUGGCAAGUGGCUUAUCUGGAGCCACCUGCCCAAGUCUUACUAAAAUGCAGCUGUUGUUAGACAACUGUUUAAAACUCCAGAAAUACAUCACCCAAGGUGGCAGUUCUCAGUAUUUGGCAGAACAAUUGCAAUUGCACUGGGUAUAUUAUAUAUAUAUAUAUGUAUGCAUAUAUAUCAUAUUUUUUACAAGGAACAUUUUAUGAUGAAAGAAGAAACCCUUCUCUGCCUUCUGUCCCACGAAUUCUGUCCCUGUAUCCUCUGGAUGUAAAAAGCAAGGAGAGACCCCAACUGUCUCCAUGGAGAAGAACUAGGAAUCACCACAAGGGGAAGAAAUGUACAUGAAGUCUCCAUUACCUCGAAUUUUUUUCUCAGUCUCACUGGUUGUGAUUUGGUCACUUUAGUGUUGGGACAGGGGAAAGGGUCUGAGCGUGGGCAAAGCUGAAGGUGAUAAGGAAGAAGAGACGAACAUUAAAGAUGUCUAUUUACUAUGAGCUCACUGUGUUGUUUCAUAAAAAGAAAAUAAAUAACUUAGUUUUUUUCUAGUAGAAUAAAAUAACACAGUAGUAUGAUUUGAUGUCAGUAGUAUUACAUAUAUAUAGAUAGAUAGAUAGAUAUAGAUAGAUAGAUAGAUCUUUCUGUGUUUCCACCGUGUUUGCUGUGCUAUGAAUCUGUUAGCUGUUUCCAUCUCACAUCGACCUUGGAGAAUGAGAAGUUAGGUACCCCUGUCUGUUUUACAGAUGAGAAAAUUGUGGCCUACAGAGGCCAAGGGCUUGCCUGUUAACAUUCAGAAGUUAGAAGCAAAGAUGGUACAAAAAGCACUACCUGGUACACAUUUACUAUUUUCCAGAAAAGAUUUAUUGUUACAUGUUUAAUUCUAGACUCAAGACAGUAGAGUCAUCAGUUAAAAGUGUUUUUGAAAUAUUGGCUAUUUUAUAUUUUAAUAAGCUAGGCUAAGAAACCAAAUCUCUCACUAGGCAAAAAAGAUUUUUAAGAAAGAAACUGGUAGUUUUUCCCCUUGUUUCCUCUUGAUACCAAAGUUAUUUCUGUUCUUUCACAAAAGUGCCCAGUAGAGAGAUUUUGUAUGCUGCUCAGAUUACCCUUGUACCUUGUUAACACAUAAAAAUAUUAGUUCAAAUCUUGAUCUUCAUUAUAACAUGAGAGGCAAAUAUAAUUUAUCUUGGAUAAGUCUCAAGAAUUGGAAGCAGUUAAGGGAUCUAACUCACAGCAUGAGCUUGGCAGAGUUCCCCAUACCCUCUUUCUGUCAUUUGGCUACCUGUGAAGUACAUAUGAUCAUUCCAGGAAUAUGGUUUGCACUCUGAUGGAAGGUACUCUAUGAUUAUGUGCAUCACAUGUGAUAACAAUAAUCAUAAUCAUAACUAAUGUUAAUUGUUUAUCACAUACUGGGCACUGAUCUCUAUAGAUUAACUCAUUUAAACCUCACAACAAUUCUGUAUGCUAUUUAUUAUGAUGUUCUCCUUCUUACGUAUUAGAAAACUCAGGCACACAGAGGAGAAAUUAUUUGCCCAGUCAUGAAGUUCAUCAGUGGCAGAGUCAGGCUGCAAACCCAGGUAGCCCCCGUGCAGGGCUGCACUGUUAUUCGCUGCAUGACUGCUUGUCCAGUUCUGAUUUGUCUCCUUGCUCUUCAACGUUGGGCUUAUUUUCUCCACAAUAGAUGCACAAAGAAAGGAAAAAAGUCAGAGAAGCACAGACUGAUGAUACUUCGGUAGAAUUUACAGAAGCCCAAGUCU